AUAUAACGGAGAAAUGAAAGGGCAGUUAGGACGUGAAAGCCAUAGGGUAGCUUCUAGCACUCCUGAUAAAGGCAAGAAAGGGUACAAAUUGGGUAAACAGAAGACCCUUUUAAUGAAGAAUCGUAAAUUUAGCUCUAUGGAGUCUAAGUUAGAUAGUUCUCUCGCAAGCAAGAGGAGCGUGGAUCGGAAAUACAGAGAAGUCAAUAAAUCAGAUACCUUCGAGUCAUAUGUAAUGAAACCAUAUCAUCAGGCUAGCUCGAAGAGGAAGAGCUCAUUUACUAGUAAAAGAGAUAACACGACAAGGAGGGAGAUGCUCAGAAGAGCAACAAGCAAUGGUCGAUCUCAGGUAUCAACAGAAUUCCGUUAUUGCCCUCCAGAGCCCCAAAUUCGGAAGAUGGAACAAAAUAAUUACUUGACGAUUCCUUUGUUUCAAGAAACAAACGAGACAGAGCAGCUCGGCUCCUGGAGACAUAUUUCGAAGAUAAUCUUAUCCAAGGAUAAGUCCAAGUUCGACCUAUUCAUGGACUUCAAUAGACAGAGGAAGAAUUUUAUGACUAAAGGUCCAUUCGUAUAUUGGGUCGAGGAACAAACAGAAGUAAAGAAGGAGAAAACACGAAGAAAAACUUAUGUCCGCAAGAGGAGCAGGAUGCAUGCUGCUCUAAAAGGAAGCCACAGCUUGGAGGCAAAUAAGAGGUUCAGCUCGUAUUUAAGAAUGUCGUCACGAGACCUGGCGUCCAGAAACACUACAGAUAAUAGCCAGCCAAGGCUGGAGAUUCACUCGACCAUGGAUAACAAGAGUUGUGAUAGGAAGAAUGAAGGGGAGCCUACAGUGUCUAUCUACAAUUUCGCACAGAUUUGUAGCAGUAUUGACAUCCCCAAGCCUAGUAACUCCAAGGCUAGUAGAGCUCUGUUCAAGAUUGAGGAUAAUGAACCGUCUAAUUCGGUGACUAGUCCUUGUAAAAGCCUGAGGAACGAAGAUUUUCUGACUGAUCCAGCUGAGAGCUUCCUGAAGAGCAAGAGCAAGGCUAGGAAUAGAAUCAGGCCCCAGACUUGUGAAGAUACCUCCAGAAGGAGGAGAAUCAAGCAGAAUGAGUCUAAAAGACUUGAUUGGACUGACAUGAUUACUCCCAAAUUGAAGGAUCAAAUGACACAGAAAGGUCUUGUUAAUACCAAGAAAGGGUUGGCCAAGAUAAACAAGCUCUUAAAAAUGCCUAAAAAUCUGAACAUUAACGCUAAAUCCAAGGACCUGGCCAAGAGGUUGGCCAAGGUAUGGAAGAUUCCUGUAAAGAAAUCUUCCUAA